GUGUUGAAUUGUCAAUUUCAAUGUCACGAUGACAUCAUCAAGCCAGCUGGAGCUGAUGAACUUUGAAUUUUGUUGUUUGAGUUUGAUAAAAAAUCGAACUACAUAAAUAAAUAAAUUUAGUCCCAGAUUUCGCAAAUAUUAUGACUUUGCUUGUGUAUUUACUAUGGUCAUUAUAUUUAUUACUGUUUUGUAAAUGCGAGAUGCAGUUCGGACCAGAUCCUUGGGAUUAUGAGGCACCAAAACAACUUGAGGAAGAAGCCGAUAUUCCACCCGAUUUGAGAAUAGUGCCAAAGAAACCAGAAAGUAACCCAGGAAUCGAUGAAAUAUUUAUUAAGCGAAUUCUAGGCAUGGUUCUCCGAGGAGGACAACUUCAGAAACAUGAAGAUGGUAGUGUUGUAGUUGUAUUGCAAAUGCGCUUUGACUGUGAGAAAUGGAAUACAUUAGAUAAAUAUAUGAAAUCAAAUACUGUCAUUACUGAAUCCAUGCUUCGGAAAACCAUGGGUUAUAUUGAAGAUGCUAUUUAUAAACCAACUAUUGUUGAAAAAAUUGUGAUGGCAUGGACUGAUUAUGUACAAUUAUAUUUGAUUGAAUAUAAGAUGUACAUAGUAUGGACUCUUGGCUUGAUUGGGAUAAUUCUAGCUUUUAAUUGGCUCUGGAAGAGACUUUCUCACAGACAUGUGAUAUUUUUUAUAUUUAUUGCAUUGUAUGUUUACGAAGUUAUCAUAUCCUAUAAGGAAGCUGAACAGCAAGAACUUAAUAGGUUUUUGUCAGCACUUAGCAGCUGUCAAUGGCAGUUCUGGAAGUCCACUUGUGAAGUUCCACCACCAGAUGUGAUUUUAUUUAUGAAGCAUAUGAACCCUUUGAAGAUUGCCAUACGAAUGUUCACUACUCUAAUAUCAGAACCUAUGAUUUCACUUAGUGCUGCUGUAAAGAUUAUGAUAAGCAGUGUAACAGAUGGCCUGUGGUUCCCAUUUGACAAAAUUGUUUAUGGAUUUUUGACACUCUCCUUCAAUGCUUUGCUAAUUGUUCUUUUGGUUAUAAUAGUAUUUAAUUACUUACUUAACAUUCCAUUUAGUUUAAGUUUCUUAGGCUUAAGUGUAGGCGUAAAACAACGUAAAAGAACAUUAUUUUCUGAAGUAAAUCCACAUCAAAGUCCACCUGUUGAAAAUACAGAUCGAAUAAGUGGUGCAACAUUAAACAGACUACUGGAUGUUUUUUCGCAUGCCCUUACAAAUUCGCGAGUUCCGCAAACCAACAUAAAUCCUGCGGCUAUUGAAGCACCUAAGAUCCAUAGGUCAGCUAGUACCGGAAGACUCAGCAGUUCAUCGUAUGAAAAAAAUGUAUUGUCCUUCCAAGAACAGUCAAUCAGACGAAGAAUAAGAAGACCUAGAGAUGGUAGUGGCGAUGCUGGUUAAAUAUUGUUUUUUUUUCUCGGGAUAUGAAAGUUAGUGUUUAGUAUUAUUUUGGGUAGUAUUUUUGAUAUGCAGUCAUUUUAAACAUCCUUUUCUUCGAUUAUAUUUAGGGAUUUUAACUUCUUUGAGCGAUAUAGACGGACGACAUCAAAGUCACGUCAAAAAAACGCGACAUAGGUGGUAAGAGGGUUAGGUAGCACAAAGAUAGGCGUAAAAGAAGUGAGGCCUGUGCUCAGCGGUCAAAGGGCUGACAUGCAGCACCCAUUACAAUGUGAAAGACACUAGAAUACUGAUCUUACCUAUUGCGAUUUAUAGCAGUAAUAAAUACACAUUAUGGGUGUGGAUAAAGAGUAACUACAUUAACUAUAUGGUUGUGUGUGCGCAAAAUAUAACAUUACAAUUUAAUUUAGUCUCGAAUUUAUAGGCGUUAAACGCUGACACUUGAAUAGUAAAUUAAUCAAGGAUAUUUUUUUAACUUACCACUUAUUGCUCUUUAUUUUUCUAGUCAUUGUUUUGUGUCAUAUAAUUUUAUAAUCCUUAAUAAUAAAAAAAAAAGUUUUAUACAUGUUUAUUGUACCUAGUAAUAAAGGGGAUGAUAUAUUACUCGCAAUGAAUUAAAAUUCCAUAAUGACCGUGCCUUUGAUAUUUGUAAAUAUAAAUAAUUGAAAUAAAACUUCCGAAUAA